CCUUGGUGAGAGAGCUGGCCAGAAGCACCUGUAUGCAGGGGUAAGAGUGCAGGAUGAAGGCUGCAGAGAGUGAGAUCCCUGAUGCUCACUUCACUGUAGAUAAACAGAACAUCUCCCUCUGGCCCCGAGAGCCUCCUCCCAAGAUGGGUUCGUCUCCAGUUCUGAGGAAACCUUGCACGGUCCGUGCUGCCUUCGUCAUCCUGACGCUGGUCCUGCUCGCCUCUGUCGUGCUGCAGGCCAUUCUCUAUCCCUGGUUUAUGGGCACACUAUCAGAUAUAAAGACCAAUGCCCAGUUGCUGAACAGUCGUGUGGACAACAUCAGCACCCUGAGUUCUGAAAUUAAGAGGAAUAGAGGCGGCGUGAAGGCAGCUGGCAUUCAGGUCCAGAUGGUGAAUGCUAGCCUGGAUCAUGUGCAUUCUCAGAUCCGGAGGCUGGAAACCGGUAUGAAGGCAGUCAAUGCACAGAUCCAGAUGUUAACAAGAAGUUGGGAGGAAGUCUACAGUUUAAAUGCCCAGCUCCCAGAAUUAAAAAGAGAUUUGGAUAAAGCCAGCGCAUUAAAUGCAAAGGUUCGAGGACUCCAGAGCAGUUUGGAGAGUAUCAGCAAGUUACUCAAACAACAAGCCAGCACCCAGAGAAAGGAACACCAGUGUUCACCUUUCACCUGUUCUCCAGAUGACAUUCUACAGAUGGUUUAUCAAGGCUGGAAGUACUUCAAGGAGAACUUCUAUUACUUUUCUCAUGUCCCAAAGACCUGGUAUAGCGCCCAGCAGUUCUGUGUGUCCAGGAAUUCACAACUGACUUCAGUGACCUCAGAAAGUGAGCAGGAGUUUUUGUACAAGACAGCAGGCGGACUUUUCUACUGGAUUGGCCUGACCAAAGCAGGGACUGAUGGGGACUGGUACUGGGUGGAUGAGACUCCAUUCAACAAGGUCCAGAGUAUGAAGUUCUGGAUUCCAGGUGAGCCCAACAAUUUGGGGAACAAUGAACACUGUGCCAAUUUAAAGAUGUCCUCACUUCAGUCAUGGAAUGAUUCCCCCUGUGACCAUCCGUUCCUUUUCAUCUGUAAACGUCGCUAUAUUCCAUCAGAACCAUGACAGGACUGACUUCCAAGUUGGCACUUUGAGCCUCAGUGCUUGUCCAAACUCAAGGAAGUGCCACUUGUCCUCCACACUCCAAGGUGACUUUGCACCUUAACUUCCCUUGCUUCAAAAGUGUCCCUUUGCACCUGGAGUCCAUCUGCCUUGGCUGGAAGUUCUUCGACCCCAUAGAGGGAGCUGGAAUGGAAAGAUCUUGGGUUAAAAUGGGAGGGGAAGGUGAAGAAGAUUUAGAAAUUCAAACUGCCUCAGUAGAUGGAUCAGGACCCAUAAUUUGGGGCACCCCCUGGGGUUUUGCUUCUUCUUGGCUGAGCUAGGUAAUGUGUGUGCGUGUGCGUGUGUGUGUGUGUGUGUGUGUGUGUGUGUGUGUGUGUAUACCUAGUUAUUUUUUGAAAAAAGUAUUGUGCCUGCAAUAUGGUGACAGGACUUGAGGGAGAUCAGAGUAGAGGCAGGGAGAGCUGUUGGAAGAUAAUUGAGUCCCUUCAGAGAAGCCUCAGUUUCAUCACAUGGAAGCUGCUUCAGAUGCCCAAGGAUUCUGCUACUGAUAGCCAGCAGCUUUCCAGUGGACCCCCCAAAUUCCCAGUUGCCUGCUCAGAGGGCCGUGUUCUUUGGGAAGACUCUGCUCUUGGGGAUCCUGUCCGUGCCAUGGCCCCAUCACCCUCUUCAUCGACAUCCUCUGAGGUCUGAACCCCUUCUUCCCUGGGACAGGCUCAACUGGUUCAGAUCAGGGGCUGACAGGGAGACAUGUUUCCUUUGGAGCUGGACCAGCAUCGGGUGGUCCUUUCCAUCCCUCUCACUCGGUAAACUCUGAGGCCCUCUGUCUCGCCGUCCUGCACCUCCCCUUUUUUCUGCAUUUCUUCUCUUCCCAUGCAAAGGAAGUGGCCCUCAGUACCUGAAGAGUUCACCUCCAAGCUUCAUUAGAAUAAAAUGCUGCCUGGGUAAAGGCC